AUGACAUCCACCACAACCUCAAGCCCUGUGCUGCAGGUCGCAGUUGUCGGCUGCGGGGAGAUUGCGCAAGUCACGCAUAUACCAAACCUCAUCAUCGCCAACCACAUGUUCAAGGCUGUUGCGCUGGUGGACAUCUCUACCUCGACUCUGAAGCACUGCUCGGAACGUUUUGGAAUCACCAACUGCUUCUCGUCCGUAGACGAACUGCUGGCGUCGUCCGUCCCCGUGGACCUAGUGUUCAUCUGCUCUGCAGACCAGUACCAUGCCGACCAAGCCAUCGCGUGUGCCAAUGCAGGCAAACACGUCAUGCUCGAGAAGCCGAUGGUACAGACCCUGUCCGAGGCCGACGCGCUGGAGGAAGCACGCAAACGUAACAAUGUGGUCAUCUUUGUGGGAUACAUGCGCCGCUACGCAACUGCGUUCAAGCGGUUCAAGGACGCAAUCAAUGGCAAGGACAUCAAGUAUGUCCGGGUACGCGACAUUAUCGGUGGACAGAACCCGCGGUUCACUCCUCAGACGGGCAUGUACCAGCGCAUGUUUACCGAUUUCCCUCCCGGAGCGGCAGCCGACGUGAAGUCGCGUGCGGAGGCCAAUCUGGUUGAGAACUUUGGGAACGCCGCCCUCACUGACCCGUCAAACCUCGGAUCAUGGCAGAUCCUCACAGCGUUCAGCUCCCAUGCCCUCUCCGCCAUGCGAGAGGCGAUUGGUAUGCCGGCCCACGUCCACUUUGCUUGCCGACGUGGAGACCUCGAGCGUCCGAACUGGUGGCAGGUGCUCUUCGAUCACGGUGCAUUCAACACACUUUAUGAGGUGCAGGACGAUUCUCAGUGCACAGCUGACAGCAGAUGGGCGUCGACGACGUUGGAUUCUUUGACGCACACAUUGAAGUGUACACCGGCACUGAGAGGAUCAAGAUUCAAUUUGACAGGUGCGGUUUCCUCAGGCCCAGUUCUUGCUAACUCUAGUCCCUACAUUCGGGCACUGCCUAUCAAUGUAACAAUUCAAAAGGUGCUCCCUAACGGCGACUAUGACGAGAAUACGUCCCGCCCAACUUAUGUCGACUUUUACAACCUCACGCUCAUCGAGUUGUACAAGGCUGUCACGGAGGGCACCGAGUUCCCCACCACCGUGAUGGACGGCAGGGAGGACGUUGUCCUCACCAAGAUGAUCAUGAACGCUGUUAUGGACCAUAAGCAAUAG